AUGACUGUCAAAGCACCUGCUUACUAUCUCUUUCUCUUAUGCUUUUACUGCUGCUGCACAUGUACACUUGAGAGUGUCUCUGAUCAUUUUGAUGUUAUUGCUGCUGCUGUUGUUACUGCUGUUGUUACUGCUACUGCUGCUGCUGUUACUGCUGCUGCUAUUACUGCUACUGCUGCUGCUGUUACUGCUGCUGCUGCUGCUGUUACUGCUGCUGUUGUUAAUAUUACUGUUAUUGAUAUUACUGUUAUUGCUAUUACUAUUAUUACUAUUACUGUUAUUACUCUUGCUGUUAUUGCUGUUACUGCUGCUAUUAAAUGA